CUCACAGCUUCACUCCGAGACUCAACAACGAUCGCCUCCAUGGCUUACAGAGUAGUAAUAAUGUCAGCCAAUACCCUGUAUUUUCCUGCCUGGAGCUCGAAAGCCGAUUUGUUGUGUUUUUUUAAUCCCAAGUGUUUGUGUCGCAUGACAUAUGCAACGAUCAACUCAUAGACGUAGUCAGCCAAUACAAUGUUGCAGUCAAAAAACUGCAAGUCUCGGGCGCGGGCGGCACAGUCAAGUCGGCCUUCCAGCCAUGACGUCGUUUGGCUAGCAUCAGGGCGUCUUUGCUUCGCACCCACGUUGUGCUCCAAAGAAAAACUUAAGUUCCCCUCUUCCAUACCAACCGAUGACUCUGCUCGAACAGUAUACACUCUUCACUAUAUACACCAAUCUAUUUGUCGCAUCUUUCACACAGCUACACAACUUAUAAUGGGUAUCGGCGACGGCCAAAUUCACUAUCGAGACGGCAUCGCCCUCGCCCAGCUCGUACUCUUUGCAGUCCCAUUUUUCGUCGGAUAUUACUUUCGCUGGACACGUCGUAUAUGCUGGUUCAGUAUCUGUGGCUUUUCUCUGAUACGAUGCGUGGGUGCCGGCUGCAUGCUCGGCACUGUAAAUCGCAACACCGUUGGACUAUGGACCGGCGUAUUUAUUUGCGAGAGCCUAGGAGUACUACUCUUGAUCUCUGCAUUGUUCGAAAUGCUCGCCAGAAUAGACAAAACAGAACGUGUCGUUCAUGGGCGCAUCUUCUGGAUUCUUCAGCUACUGACUUGGAUUGAUAUCGGCAUUUCCAUCGGUGGAUUUGUUACUGUCACCAGAAAAGAGCACAACAAACUCCUGCCUACGGUAUGGUCUCGGGCUGGCAUCGCUAUGCUCCUCCUGAUCUACCUCUAUACUCUAGGCGUGUGGGUCUAUUUCUGUAUGCAACGACAGCGAUACGAAUGGGAGCAAUACAUGCUAGCUAAAUGCGUGGGAAUUAGCCUGUCCUUUCUCUUUGUGCGCGUUCUGUUCAGUGUUAUCUUCGUCAUAACUGCAGAUAGGAUGUGGCACGCUGUGGUGGGCAAUCCGACAGCAUACUUGCUGAUGACGAUGCUUCCCGAGCUGGCAUUCAUGGCAGCUUGCUGCUUUGUAAUUCUGAAGACUCCUCCUGGAACCUUGAAGCAGCGUAAUGGGAAAUAUGAAUUGCGAGAUGGGGAACAGACCUGGCCCGGGAUGCGACGUUGA